AUGUCUUUAAAAAGUGACCAGGAGAUUUUAGAAAAUUCAAUGCAUGAAGAUGACCCAAAUGGCAAUUCGGCGUUGGAGCAAACAUUUGCGGAGAAAGUAUCACCACGAUGGGGUCCCCAACAUAAAGGUGCUCAAGAGCUGGCCCAGUUAUACAGUCAAGGAAAACGUGCUCAGGAAUUUAUUUGCGUAUACACGUGUAUUGCUUUAAUGGUUAUCGAUUUUAUUCUCAUAUUGAAACAUUUUCAUUUCGAUCGGAUAAUAGUGACGUGUAUUUCGGCAAUAUGUGGCAUAAUCACAGCAGAUUUCGGAUCGGGUCUUGUCCAUUGGGCAGCAGACACAUGGGGUUCUGUGGAAUUACCCAUCAUUGGAAAAAACUUUUUACGUCCUUUCCGGGAACAUCAUUUGGAUCCGACAUCGAUUACUCGUCACGAUUUCAUUGAAACGAACGGUGAUAAUUUUAUGGUUAGCAUACCUAUAUUAGGAUUUUUGGCCUAUUGUUUCAAUACAAAAUCGCAUAGUGACAUCCAACAGGAUUUUGGAUGGAUAUCAUAUUUAUUUCUAUGCUCGAUUUUCGUGGCCAUGACCAAUCAGAUUCACAAAUGGUCCCAUACUUAUUGGGGACUACCGAAAUGGGUGCUGUUUUUGCAGAAUUACCAUAUCGUUUUACCUCGCAAGCAUCAUCGCAUCCACCACGUAGCACCACAUGAAACGUAUUUUUGCAUAACAACUGGCUGGUUAAAUUGGCCUUUGGAGAAACUGAGGUUUUGGUCUACAUUAGAGUGCCUUAUAGAAUUUUUGACAGGUCUGAAACCAAGGGACGAUGAUUUGAAAUGGGCUAAAAAGGUUACAUAGCUAUUUCAAUGAGCAAUGAAACGGACCAAUCACAAUUAUACGCAAGGUUUGCAUCAACUACGUCUAUUCUUACAACAAUUA